CCACGACACAACCCGCACUCCACACCGCCCACUCUUCCCCUCGCUACCCCAUUCUUUUACUGCUUGCUCGCCGGCGACGCCAUGACGCCGCGCCGCCUCGAUCCCUUCCUCCCCCCCGCCCCACGUCGCCUUGCCCCUCCCUCUCCACCUCCGCCCACGCCGGUGCCACAUUCUUCCCCCAUGCCUCGUUUGAAGCUUGGAAUUUUGCCCGAAGGUUGGAUUUUUGCGCGGCGGCCUAGCCAGGCGUCCAACCCCGAGGACCACUGGCCAUGGCGGCCGCCGUCCAUGUCUACCUCCUCUGUCAGCCUCUUCCUCGAGUACCCCCUCCUCUGUCUGCCGCCUCGUCAACCCGGUCUCUUUUCCUCGCCAUGGCGCUCCCCCCUCCCGCCUUCCCGUCUCCGCUCCUCCCUCCCCGUCGGCACCUGCCAACUACCCGGCGACCCCUGCUGGCCCCCUCGUCCGACCACCUGCUCGCCGUCAACCAUGAAGCCCGCCCCCUCCAUGGACGUCGUCGCCCAAGCACUGGGAAGCACGGGUGCUCAAGGUGGAGGAGCUCACCGUCGAGCUCGCCGGAGCACUACGCGCUCAAGGCGUCCACAACACCUCCACGUGCUCAAGUACAGAGCUCGCCGGAGCUUCAGAUCCAGAGAACAGAGGCGGAGUACCAGAGGCGUCGCGUGUCGGGGUCGGGAUUAUGCUAGUGAAUUCAGUUACUUCACCUCACAUUCACUUCACCAAACAGCGAGAGGAGGGUGCCCAAUGGCCCUGAUCCUAUCCACAACAGUAAAUUGUACUGCAAUUGGCACUGUACUGCAGCCAACAUCAGCAGCAGAGGCAAUCAGCAGUCGAGGUGGUCGAGGGCAGAGGCAAUUAGCAGAAGCAAUCAGCAGAGGCAAUCAGCAGUCGAGGGCAGGCGGCAGUGGCAUCAGUAGGUCUGCGUGGUCGUCUCGCCGCCGGGGAAGAUCCGCCUUGCCCUGCCUGCCGAGUUCUUCAAGAGGGGAGCGGCGACCGGGGUUGGCAGCGGCGGCUGGGGUUGCGGCGGUGGUGAGGAACCGGCGAGCAGGGCACGAGCAGGGCCAGGGACGCGAGCAGGGCCACGGGAAGGAGGCGCCCGUAGAGGUGGUCGCCUUGGAGGAGCAGCCUCAGCUGGGCGACGGGGCAGCUCGCGUCCGUGCGGGCGGCCCACGUUCGCAGUGGUGGAGCAACCGCAGGUGGGCGACGACGCAGGUGGUCGCCCGCUCUUUCUACGGCGGCUGCCGGCGGUGGCUACGACGGCCGCUUGGUCGAAGGAGGAAGAAGCAGAGAAAACCCCUCCCCAAACUCCCGACACAACCCGCACUCCUCUUCUUCUCCAAUCGACAGACCCCGCUGCUCCCUCACGGGCGCAUGGACGCCGGAGCUCCCCUGCUCAGCUUCACCGCGCUGCUCCCCUGCUCUCCCGCGCGUCCUCCUCCGCCGCCGCGGCUGCCUACGCCGUCGCUCCUUCCGGUCUCGCGCAGCUCCCCUGCCUCCCUUGCCUGCCUCCUAAAUCUCCCCUCUUUCACCCCCAAAAUCGUUUCUUCUUCCUCCCGUUGCGUCUCCUGCUUGCGCGCGACGGCGACACGUCCUCCGCGUUGCCCCCGACACCGGAGGAGGCACGGGGAAAGCAGCAGUGGCUCGCGCUGCGCUUGCGCCACCUCAGGUGCGCGUGGGCCUACGCGCCGGUCGCCGCCUCGGCCAUGCGCCAGUCCACAAAGGAGGAGGAAGGGGAUUCCGUUCGCCGCCUCGGACGUGCUCCUCGAGUCCCUGCUCUUCGGGCCCCUCCUCACCUCCCUCAUCAAGAAGCAGAACAACAUGGCGCAGAUGCUGCAGCGCACUGUAAUCCCCGACCUGCCGCAGGGUUCUUCCCGGAGGACCCUCUCUCUGUACAAGCAAAAGCAGCUAUGAGAAACUCUUCAUUCAGUCAAGUUCUACUGAUUUUUUGUCUCCUUGAAUUUUGUAUAGUUGAGAUAGAUGUUCUACUUCUUUCAUUCGGUCAGGUUCUACUGAAACAUUUUGCAGAAACAAUGUUCUGCUGAAACUGAAAAAAAGGAACAGAACCAAACCUGAAUAAUUGUACUCCUCCUUAAUUCUUCAAUAGAUUUAGAAAUGUUCAGACUUUGAAUGUUCACUGCAUUAGUAAAUCUUGUCUUUCCUAAAAACUGAAUUUGUAUAUUAAGUCUUUGCUAAAGAGAAAUUGUAAAUCUUAUCAUAACAAAUGUUCAUUCAGAAGUGUUCAGAAAUCUUCAGUUUUUUAUCAUGAAAUGUUCAGUUUUUUGCUCUCUAAAUUGUGUCUUUUUUGCUCAUUCAGUGCUCAGUCUACUGUAGAUAAAAUCAAUGUCUUGAGCAUGAAUAUUGCCAACUCUAUUCAAAGGCUUGAUUAGUUCCCAAUUUUUUAAGUACAGUAGUUGCUUGCUUAGUAAAGUGUUCUAGACAUCAGGGUAGGAGUUAACUGAAUUUACACUACUGAUAAUCAGUGAACUGAAGUUUCAAUGUACUGCCCAACAGUUCCUGUCUGCACUAGAGCAUGGAAGGAUUUAUAACAUUGUCACACACCGAGGUCUCUGCAAGUCUAUCCCAAAUAUCUGCAGAAUCUUAUGCCAAGGAAGUGUUUGUGCAUUGUAUCCUGUUCCUCUCCACCACUGAAGUGUUGUACAGAAUUUAUUUUUAAGAUCAUAAGACACAGCAAACUCUGUUCUUUGGUCUAAAGGUGGUUCUUGCAUUUAUCAAAAUACUCUUCUGUUGUCUGGAUCCAAUGCUCAAUAUCAUCUCCUUCAAAUUCAGGUAUACUGAAUUUUGCAGGUUUGACAGUAGCAAGAGUUCUUGUGUUGUCAUUAGGACGUUGGCAUCUAGUUCUUGUGGUCUUGUGACCAUGUUCAAAUAGGUCAUCUUCAGAGGCAUAGUACACUUGCUCAGUUCUGUGCUGGUGGUAAACAGGGGCUUGGUUUUGUGCCUGCAUGGCUGGGAUGCCUGCAAGGUGCUAUUGUGUGAUGUUCCAAAUGCAGUAGAAGAUUCAGUUCACUUCUGUUAACAUUCAGUUAACUGAUGAAUAUUGGACAUUGAGGGACACAUUCAGUUAACUUCUAUGUUCACUGAAUCUUUUUUGCAACAUUCCUGUAGACUACAUGAUGCAUCUUUGGUGUUUUUACAUCAGAACAGAAAUGUGAUUUUAAUGCUAAUGCAUCUUUGUAUAGCCUUUGUCCUGGAUUAUUUCUCUAGCUUUGUAUCCACUCACUGAAUUUCAUCUACAGCUUGAGAACAGCAAAUUCAGACUCACAGCAGCAGUAGCAGAGGCGGGCGGGGCAGGCUCACCAGCACAGGCGGGAGUGGGAGCGAGGUGAGGCAGGGAAAAGGCAAAACUGCAUCAGAGGUCCGCGGCGUCGGCGUCGCCCACCAGUAGCAGCAUCAUAGGCGGGAGUUGCCGGAAUUGUCCAUGGCGCCGGCGGCUCAAGCAGACAAAAUCGAAGGCUCUGGCGGGUGAAGCAGACAAAAUCAGAGGCGUAGGUGGGCCGCGAAGGUGGGCGGACGUUCGCGGCGACCGUGGGCUACCGUGGGCGGCGAGCUUCAAUGGGGCCGGCGGCGUAGCUCGAGGUGGGCGCCGGCGCAGGUCGCCUUCAUGGCGCGCGGUGCAGGCGGGAAGCCGCGGCGCAGGUCCAAGCGGGCGGCGGCGCUGUUGUUGGUCGCGCGCUGGGACGCGGAGCAGGUCCCGGCGGGCGGCGGCCCAGGUGGGUAGCCGGCGAUGGCUGCAAGGCGCGGGCGACGGGGGAGGAUCGGAGGAAGGAAGGAGAUGGAGUUCUUCGUGACGUGUUUAAAACUCUGUGGGUUUUUUUUGAAAAGAAAAACAAAUACGCCCGUGGACAACUUUUCCUGGAGGAAGGGAGUAAUUCAUAUUGAUAUUGAAAUCUCUAAAAAGACUUAUAUUUAAAAGUAGAGGGAGUAGUUUCGUAUACCGUCUUUGUUUUCUUAUUAUUAAAGAUAUGGACGAUCAUGUUUCCAUCGAGCAGUACACAACUACACAUAUAGGAUCCUUGACUUCGAGGAUCAAGCAGCAAAUCUGGCUAACGCUGCCGCGCGGCGACGGACCCCAGGAAGAAAACGAACUCGCAACCGACGAUCGAGCGAUACAUCGACAUC